GGGGAAGGAGGAAAAAAAAAGGACACCUCAGUAGAAAUAAAAGAGACUUUUUUUUGAAAAGAAAGCAAGCGUUUUGCCGUCUCUCUCUCUCUCUCUAUUUCUCUGUUUGCCACCUCCUCUGGAGGUUUUGUGAAAUCAGUGGGAGGGAAGAGGAGGUUCAGGCAACAUGGCGGAGCGGUAGCGCGGGGAGGGAGAGGAGCGCGAGGCGCGGCGGUUGGUCCGGGAGGGAGAGGAGCCGUUGGGGAGGCCGGAGCGCGAGGCGGUCGGUCGGUCCGAUCGAUCCCGGAUCAGGGGAGGGAGAGGAAAGAAAGAAGGAGCCCUUCCGCUGAGGGAGGGAGGGAGAAGCAAGCCAUCUCCUAGGAGAAUCUCCCGACCCACCGACUGAAUAAGGAGGAGGGAAGAAGAAGACACCGAGUGAAGAGGUGGACGCAGGUUUUUUUUUAAAAACAAUAUAAACAUCGCUCCACAUCCUCUUCCCUUUCCUCUGCAUUUUCUCGGUAUCAACACCAAUAUCUUUUAUGGAUCCCAAAUGUAUUAAUCCUUAAAAGUUGAAGCAUUUGCUGUGACCAAGCAUUAUCAUGGAUUUCCGGUUUUUGUCCUUGCUGCUGUUAUGCUGUUUAGCAUGCCUCCAAGCACAGAACACAACAGUUUCACCUUCUGCCACCAUCAUCUCUACUCCAAGCUUAACAAAUUCAAGCAUGCCAGGAGCAACUUCAACAGCCCAGACUACUCCCAACACAGGAUCAGCUUCUAUGACUGGAGAUGAUUCACAAAUUUUUAAUACAACAGAUGCUGCCAGUGAGAAUUCUACUUUAGCUACAACUGAAACAACGAAGGCCUUGCAAGAAGUGACUCCAAACAUCACAAAUUCCAAUGCAACAGCUCAUCCAUUGGUAACAGCAAAUGGAAAAACAAAUGAGACGUCAGCUGAAACAACUGCUGUCCCUACAUCAGAUGGAGCAACUGCUGGUUCAGAUGAAAUGCCCAUUAUAGCAGUAAUGGUGGCUCUCUCAUCACUGUUAGUCAUCGUAUUUAUUAUUAUAGUUCUUUAUAUGCUGAGAUUUAAAAAGUACAAGCAGGCUGGAAGUCAUUCAAAUUCCUUCAGGUUAUCCAAUGGCAGAACAGAUGAUACAGAGCUCCAGAGCAUGCCACUGCUCGCAAGGUCUCCAAGCACUAACCGAAAAUACCCACCACUGUCUAUUGAGAAACUGGAAGAGGAAGCUAAUCGACGAAUGGCAGAUGACAACAAACUUUUCAGAGAAGAAUUUAACGCUCUCCCUGCAUGCCCAAUCCAGGCCACUUGUGAAGCUGCAUCAAAAGAAGAAAAUAAAGAGAAGAAUCGAUAUGUUAACAUCCUGCCUUAUGAUCAUUCGCGGGUUCACCUGACACCAGUGGAGGGUGUUCCAGACUCUGAUUUUAUCAAUGCUUCUUACAUAAAUGGUUAUCAAGAGAAAAACAAGUUUAUAGCAGCUCAAGGCCCGAAGGAAGAAACUGUGAAUGACUUCUGGAGGAUGAUAUGGGAGCAAAACACAGCAACAAUUGUCAUGGUGACAAACCUAAAAGAGAGAAAAGAGUGCAAAUGUGCCCAGUACUGGCCAGACCAGGGUUGUUGGACAUAUGGGAACAUCCGAGUGUCUGUGGAAGACAUGAUGGUGCUGGUGGACUACACCAUCCGUAAGUUCUGCAUUCAGCAAGUAGGAGAUGUAAUGAAUAAGAAACCUCAGCGACUGGUUACUCAGUUCCACUUUACCAGCUGGCCUGACUUUGGUGUUCCAUUUACCCCAAUUGGCAUGCUCAAAUUUCUAAAGAAGGUGAAGACCUGCAACCCAUCCUUUGCAGGUGCCAUUGUUGUGCAUUGCAGUGCUGGUGUUGGUCGUACAGGCACUUUCAUCGUUAUUGAUGCCAUGCUGGACAUGAUGCAUGCAGAGAGGAAAGUGGAUGUUUUUGGAUUUGUGUCGCGGAUUCGAGCUCAGCGAUGUCAAAUGGUGCAGACAGAUAUGCAAUACGUGUUUAUCUAUCAAGCACUGUUGGAGCAUUAUUUAUAUGGGGACACAGAGCUGGAAGUGACGUCACUUGAAAGCCAUUUGCAGAAACUUUACAACAGAGUAUCUGGAUCAGGUUGCAGUGGUCUGGAGGAAGAGUUCAAGAAACUGACCUCAAUCAAAAUUCAGAAUGACAAGAUGAGGACAGGCAAUUUGCCAGCCAACAUGAAGAAAAACAGAGUUCUUCAGAUCAUCCCAUAUGAGUUUAACAGAGUUAUCAUUCCUGUAAAAAGAGGCGAAGAGAACACAGAUUAUGUGAAUGCAUCGUUCAUUGAUGGAUAUCGACAGAAAGAUUCCUACAUAGCCAGCCAAGGACCUCUUCAGCAUACUAUAGAAGAUUUCUGGAGAAUGAUUUGGGAAUGGAAGUCUUGUUCCAUUGUUAUGUUAACAGAGUUGGAAGAAAGAGGUCAGGAGAAAUGUGCGCAAUAUUGGCCAUCUGAAGGAUCUGUCUCUUAUGGUGAUAUUACUAUUGAAAUAAAAAAAGAAGAGGAGAGUGAAAGUUACACAGUACGUGAUCUGCUCGUAACUAACACAAGGGAAAACAAAAUUCGACAGAUCAGACAGUUCCAUUUCCAUGGCUGGCCUGAGGUGGGGAUUCCUGCUGAUGGGAAAGGAAUGAUCAACCUGAUUGCAGCAGUUCAGAAACAGCAGCAGCAGUCAGGAAACCACCCAAUCACAGUGCAUUGCAGUGCUGGUGCUGGAAGGACAGGUACAUUCUGCGCUCUGAGUACUGUCCUGGAAAGAGUAAAAGCUGAGGGCAUCCUGGAUGUGUUUCAGACCGUAAAGAGUCUACGGCUACAGAGGCCACAUAUGGUCCAGACACUGGAACAGUAUGAAUUCUGCUACAAAGUCGUGCAAGAGUACAUUGAUGCAUUUUCGGAUUAUGCUAACUUCAAGUGAAAAAUGCCUUCGUAAUAUUUUGUAAUCUAUUUGUUAAUAUACCCAAACCUGUGUACAUAUCUUAUUGGUUUUAGAGAUUGGUACCAUAGACUUCAUAUUAGCUAGAGAUUUUAUAUGUAGCAGAUGUUUAGCAUAUUAGCCUCAUUUCAGCAGUUUUAUUGUAGGCAGAUGUUCAGAUUGAUGUUGAUCAAAUUUAUUUAGUAACUGCUUGGAAGGGUAUUCAUUGAAUUCGAAUGGGUAGAGCAGAAUAAAAGAGUAAAGCCUUACGACCACAAAAUCUGUGGCUUUAUCGAUUGAUGCCCUUGAAUCGAAUUCAUCAUUGCCAAUUCUUUGUUUUAUUUCAACUUUGAUAAAUAAUCAACCUUCAAGUCAUUAAUUGAUUAGUGCCAUUUAGACAUGAUACCUUUUCACUUGGACCAUUCUCUUUCUCAGGCAAUUAACAAGUUUGUAAUUGUACACUUUAUAUUUUCAAUGUCGUGCCAUUUUAUUUGUCAUAUUUGAGGUAGAAGCAGUACUUUCCACUAUUGAGAUGUGUAGAAAGGCAAAAGCGCCAGAAACGCUUAUCUAUGCUACUAUAUUGUAGAAAUGCAGACCUGUAAAGGGGGUACAAUAAGAAAAUACUGCUUUUAAAAAAAGCUUUUUGUUUUUGCAAGCCUACACAGGCUGAACUAAAAAGUACUGGAUAUACUAUCUGCAUUAUUUUUCACAUUUCCCAAAAUCUGCAAUGUUCUGGUUCUUUACAAGACUUUGGUCUUUUAAAAUUAACACAUCUCUAAACGUUUCCUUUUUUCCUGUAUUAAAAAUAGAUGGAACUUGUUAUAAAGUUCUAUACAAGUUAAAAGAUGUGUGGGCUUUGAGUAUUAAGUUUGGAAAUACAGUCUUGAUAGGACAAUAUAAAAGAAUACUCUUUAACCAUAGCUAUUGUGUACUGUACAUAUGAGCUGCAAUUUGAAGGGUAUUGAAUUAUUUGUUAUCUAUGUUCUUAAAGUUUUUUUGUUUGAGCUUCUGUCUCAAUAAGUUUUAAAAAAAAGUAAUUGAAUAAUCUGGACGUUUCUAAAAUGUGAAAGGCUUGCCUAGGAUUUACCAUCAUUUUCCUUUAGACACAACUGCCUCACUUUCCAACUUUUACCCCGUCAACACAGCCUUUGUGCAAAGGUAGAGCUUAAUAUUAGUGGCUUGCACAGGGGAAAAUGACCAAUUAAAUUAAGUGACUCAUAUGUAUUGUUUGUGUGUCUAAUUUGGACCAAAAAUUUAUUCAGAUUACGUGGCUUAAGAAAUAGCUUCAAGUUUUAAAAUUGAUCAUUUAAAAAAAACUAGCUGAUAAAUGUAAAUGUCUUUGAUUUAUCAUUCGCUCCUAACAAUUAUAUUUUUUCUUAAUGUACAAAUAACUGCAGUUUCUUAACCUGUAUUUAUUUUUUUAUGAUGAGAAAAUUUAGUGGAUUUUUUUAAGUUUAUUUUUAAGUUCAUCUUUUAGUAGUUUAGGAGCACUCAUUGACAGGUAAAUUGAGGUGAAGCAAAGUUGGGUCAGUAUUUGGAUAACGUAGCAUACACCAGCUUGUACAAUGACCAUAUGACAUAUGGUGCAUAGUCCCAUUAAGUUAUUUGAGUUUUUGCUCAUGCCAUAUUUGGAAAAACAUGACACAGCUGUUUACCAAGUUCUCUAUAGUGCAUUCAGUAGAUAGGCUAUGGUAAUUUAUAUGUUGAAUGGAUUUAAUGUCAGCUUCCUACCUUCAGUAAUUCUGCUAUCACUGACCGCACUAGUGUAAAUAGAUAUUGACUGAAACCCUGACUCUUAAAACUUUGGUAUUUUGGGACAAUGGCUAAGCUAAAGCUAUAAUCGGAAUAAAUGUGCUCAUUACAAAAAA